AUGGGCCCCUGUACCGCCUCCUCAUGCUGCUGCCAGGCCCGUAAUCUGCCAUGGGCCCCCGUACCGCCUCCUCAUGCUGCUGCCAGGCCCGUAAUCUGCCAUGGGCCCCCGUACCGCCUCCUCAUGCUGCUGCCAGGUCCAGAGUCUCUCAUGGGUCCCUGUACGGCCUCCCAUUGCUGCUGUCUCCAUCGCCACACUCUGCCAUGUGCCACUUUCAGGUCUCCUCACACUGCUGGUGGGUUCCAUUUUGUCAUAGGGUGCUGUAUGGCCUCCCAUUGCUGCUGCCUCCACCGCCACACUGUGGCUCCACAAUCUGGUUUUGGCCCCGUGACUGCCCAAAUGAGUGAAGUGUGCGGUGAUUCUAAGAUCGACGGCACUCAUCUGCAUGUCAUACUGACUGACAGUAUUAUUUCUCUUCCCCAGCAGACUCCAAGGGCAUUUAAAUUAAAGGUACAGUGUUCUGCACUAAUAUAA